AUAUCUAGCUACUGGUGAGUCAAUGCGUUCACUAUCAUUUGGAUUUCGAGUAAACUAUAGUUAUAUAAGUGUGAUAAUCAAAAUAACGUUAGCUGCUUUAAAAACGAAAUUAAUUCCAAUUUUUAUGCCUGAUACAAAAACUAUUAACUUUAUGUCAAAAGCAGCGGAAUUUUCUUACAAAUGGAAUUUUCCAAAUUGUAUAUCGGCUAUUGAUGGGAAACACAUAAGAAUUCGAUGUCCCAGUAAAUCGGGAUCACUAUAUCGUAAUUAUAAAGAUUUUUUCUCUAUAGUGCUUCUGGCAAUGGUAGAUGCCAAUUAUAAAUUUGUCGCAGUUGAUAUCGGCUCUUUCGGGAAAGAAGGGGAUAGCGGGAUUUUUUUAAAAUCGAAUAUGGGAAAACAAAUACUUAAUCGCUCAUUUGGCUUCCCAGAAGAAUGUGCACUUCCCGGGUCAAAUAAAGUAGUGCCUCAUGUCAUUGUGGGUGACGAAGCUUUUCGUUUGGAUAAGCAUAUUAUGAAACCCUAUACAAAAAAAACGGCUACAGCCGAUAAAACGAAAGCUAUUUUCAACUACAGAUUGAGCCGUGCACGUAGAGUAACAGAAAAUGCUUUUGGCUUAUUAAGCCAAGUAUUCAGAAUUUUCUACCAACCUAUACAUUUAAAAACAAGUACGUGUGAUGAUCUUAUAUGGGUGGCUUGCUGUUUGCAUAAUAUGCUCAGAGAAGGAUAUCUGGAGAAAAAUAAAAAUCCCUAUUAUGAAUAUGAACCGGAACAAACGCCUCCUACUGACAAUAUAAUUUCAUUUUCACGAUCUGGUGGUUUCUCAAAUGCAGAAGGUUUUGGUGUAAGAGAAACGUUCAAAUCAUUUUUCAACAAUGAAGGAGCAGUAUCAUGGCAAAAUGAUUUAUAA